AUUAAAUUCUAACAUCUAUCAAAUUAAUUUGCAAAAUAUCCUUUACAUCUUAAUGAGAUAAUAGGCAUAAAAAUAAAAUAAAAAUAUAAAUUUCUUAGAAUAUACUGCUAACGAUGAAUUGGUAGAAUUAUAAGAGGAAGAAAAAAUAAUGAAGAAAUAUUUAGGGAUAUAAUUAUCUAAUUUAGAAUUGUUGAAUAAGCAGAUUUUAUCUGAAAAAUGCAUAAAAAAUGAUUUUGUUUUAAAAUUGCAGCUUUUAAACUAAUUAAUUGAACAAAAAUAUUAAUAAAUUCAUCAAUUAUGUUUACAAAUAGAAAAUGCUAAAUCUUCUAAACUAAAAUAAAUACAAAUUUAUAAAGAAAUCUAAAUAAAAUAUAAUUAAGAAUAUUAUAAUUUAAAUCAAUUUAAAAUGGAAUUAAUUGAUUCGCUAAAGUUUUUAGAGAGCGAUAUUUAAAAAUAUAAUUAAACAGAAUUUUUUAAGGAAUUAUGGGAUUAGUAAAGAUAAAGUAUACUAGAAUUUAAUGAAGAGCUGCUAAGUUUAAAAGGUAGAAUAAGAGUAGUGUGCAGGAUAAAACCUUAGCCUGAAUCAACUCAUAAAACUAUUAUAGUAAAUGAUGAAUAUAAAGUUCUACUUUUUGAUCCUCAUCGGUCUUUAUAAUCACCAGAAAAAAAUUAAAAAAAGCAAUACACUGAAUACACUUUCAUGAAAGUUUUUGAAGAAGACUCUCAAUAAGUAGAUUUAUUCAAUGACUUAAAUUUUUUUUUGAAUUCCUUCUUUUAAUGCUCAAAUGUAUCAAUAUUUACAUAUGGACCUACUGGCUCUGGUAAAACUUUUACUAUGUUUGGGGAAAUAAAGAACUAAAAAUAAAAAGGAAUAAUUCCACGGUGCCUAGAGCAGAUAUGUUAGAAAGUAGAAGAAUAUGAAGCUAAUGGUAUAUUUAAUGAGGUAACAGUCAGUAUUAUUGAGCUCUAUAAUGAUAAAAUAAAAGAUUUGAUAUAGAAUGUAAAUAUUUAAGAAAGAAAGGAGCCGUCACAAAACAAAUUACCAUAAGGUCUAUAGUUUAAAUAAAAGCUAUAAUUUCUUUUAUAAUAAAUUAUCUCUGCUACUAAAAAUAGAAUAGUUCGAAAAACAAAUUGUAAUUAGCACUCAUCGAGGUCUCACUUGGUUUAUACCAUUAAGCUUAAAUUAUUCGAUAAAAUCUAAAACAAAGUAAAUGAGGGUCAACUCCACUUAGUGGAUUUAGCAGGCUCUGAAAGAAUUCAGCUUAGUUAAACAACAGGAGAGGGAUAAAAGGAAACAAUAUUUAUAAAUCAAAGUCUUUAAGCACUUUCUGCGGUUUUGAAAAGUAUUAAAAAUAACGUUAUUCAUAUACCAUAUAGGAAUAGCCUUUUAACUUAAUACCUAAGAAAUAGUUUGAAUAGCAACUCUAAAACAAUGGUAAUACUUAACAUAUCUUCUCAUCCAGUAUAUUAUUCUUAAACAAAGGAAGCUUUGAAUCUUCUAUGCUUAAAGCAAUAAUAAUAUAUCACUCGUUCACAACAUUAAACACCAAAUAGUUUUGAAAAAUCUGAAAGAAAUAAAGAACUAACUUAAACUAACGAAUAAACUAGUGCAAAAAAUAAAAAAUAAAGUAUUCUUGAAAGAAAGCUUACAAAUAUUUAAUCUACUUAAAAAACCUUAAUAUUUUGAAUAUUUUUAUAAAAGAUUCUUGAAUUUAUUUAUUUUUCCUCUAUUUAAAUUUUACCAAAGUUCUUUCAAACUAAACUUUUUAAAAAUAAUGUAUUAACAGCAAAGAAACAAAAUAAAAUUCAUAGAUUGUAUUUGUCAAACCUAUUUUAUUUUUGCUUUUUGUAUGGAAAAUUAAUUUUAUUUUAAUAAA